GAGACAAGCGAGAGAAACAGAAGGACAUGGAGAGAGACUGAAUGAAGAAACCCUAGAACAGAACAGAACUAAGAUUAACAAGGAGGAUCGACCAUGUAUCUACAAAUUAACAAGAUUGGUUCAUUUUACAAGACGAUAUAAAUAUCAAGUUAGGGUUUCUACCAUAGAAUUUGUUAAAGUUUGGAAUACGAAUUCAGUGAAAGAAGAAGCCCAACCCAAGUAUAAGGUGCAACCGACACAUUUAUCCUCUCUACUGGCGGCACUUGCCUUUUCAUCGUUACUCUUGGGUUUGGCGACCUGCAUCAUGCACUUUGAAGUGAUAUAAGUUUAUUUGACUGGUGGUCACAGUUAACUCGAAAAUGGGAGACGAAUCUAAUUCUGACUCGCAUGACACUCGUGAUGAAGAUGACGAAGAUGACUACGAGGAGGCUGAUGAAAAAAACGGUCUCUUGGGAUUUAUGUUUGGAAAUGUCGAUGGAGCUGGUGAGCUCGACGUUGAUUACCUUGAUGCGGAUGCGAAGGAGCAUCUUGGUGCACUGGCAGGGGAUUUGCGCCCAUCGCUGACAGAUAUUGAUUUGUCAGUAAAAUCAGCAGACAAAUCUGCGGAUGCUUCUGAACAAGAUUAUGAUGAAAAGGCUGAAGAUGCUGUUGAUUAUGAAGACAUUGAAGAGCAGUACGAAGGGCCUGAGACUCAAGCCAUUUCGGAGGAAGAUCAUUUGCUGUCAAAGAAGGAAUUUAGUUAUGCCAAAAUGCCAUUGACCACUGGUCAACUUAGUACUUCUGUCUUCGGUGAGGAGAAUUAUGACGAGGAGCCUGAGGGAGAUGAUAUUGAUGCGACACAUACAGUGGUUUCAACAGAUGAAAUUCUUCCUUUAGCAGGAACUCUUGUUUCGGAGCACAGUUCUGAACAACCAAGCAGCUCGGCUAUUGAAAAAGAUCCGGAGCUUUCUCUUGAGAAGGCUGAGAAUCUUGGAAUGGAUUCUGGGGAAGAAAAAUCUCUUGCAAAUAUUGAGCCUUCUCUUGAACCAAUUGAAGCUGAUAGCCUAUCCGUUGAUUCGAAGGAUAUUCGAGAGGAUGAUGAGCUUCGAGAUUUAGAGGAGUCAAGGAAUAACACAGCUUCAUUGCCUAUUUUGUGCAUAGAAGAUGGAAAGGUGGUGUUACGGUUCUCUGAAAUUUUCGGCGUUCAUGAGCCCCCAAGAAAAAGGGAGCAGGGAAACCAUAGGGAUCCUAUUCCAAAAGAUAAGCUUAAAAUAGUAGUUGAAGAGGACGAAGAAGAUUUUCUUCGGGGGCCGUUGCAGAGUUCGUCUAAUGCUAAAUUAGUGGUUGUUUCUCAGUAUGAUGAUGCAUCUGUCAGAGAUAGUGAUGGGGUAUCAAUGAUGUCUGGUGUUGGGCAAGGGAUUGGUUUGAGGGAAACACAGGCUUUUGAACAAACAAAAGUCACCUGUCUCAGUGCAGAGCCAAUGAAAGAGAGUGUUUUUGUCGAUCUGGCUUCAGAAUGGGUAUCACCAUCUUGUCCAAAGUUUUACCCUCUUGAUCAACAAAUUUGGGAAGACGAGAUCAUUUGGAACAAUUCUCCUGUAGUGGGUUCAGAAUCUUCCGAGAGUUCUAUAAUAUCUGGCAUUGAUAUGGACGGUUCCACUAAUGUAGAAAUAGAAUCGGGAAAUGAGACACGAGAUUUCAAUUCAGAUAUCACAGUUGAACCUACUGAAAAGGGUCACAGUGUUUUCCUGAGCAGCUACCCUGUUUCUGUUGAACCUUUCGGCUCAAGAACUUUUUCAGGCUCACCUAGCCUUCCAUUUUCCGAAAUGAAUCACCCACAAUUAUUGAGAUUAGAGUCCCGUUUCAAGGAUGGUUCAAGUGAUAGUGAAAUCCAAACAGAGAACUCCGAAAAUUUGCAUAAACGUGAUGCUAUAAGUCUUUUUAGCAAAAGACUUUCAUUGAGAAACAUGGAAUUGCUGGAUGGAUCUUGGUUGGACCAGAUAAUUUGGGAACCUAAGAAAGAUCUUCCAAAACCAAAACUUAUCCUUGAUCUUCAGGAUGAGCAGAUGCUCUUUGAAGUUUUAGAUAAUAAGGAUAGUGGAAAUCUCCGAUUUCAUGCUGGGGCAAUGAUAGUCUCUCGGUCUGUGAAGUCCAAUGGUGGAGAUUCUUUGGAUAAUCCUGGUCAAGGUGGAGGAGCUUCUAAAUUUAAUAUUUCUAAUGACAGGUAUUAUUCGAACAGAAAAAUGUCCCAGCAAACGAAAUCACAUUCGAAAAAGCGCACAGCUCACGGUGUCAAGAUCUGGCAUUCGAUACCUGGUUUGAUGCUUCAAACUAUGAAGUCAAAAUUGAGCAAUAAAGAUAUUGCUUACUUUCAUAGACCCAAAGCCGUAUGGUAUCCUCAUGACAACGAAGUAGCAGCGAAGGAGCAAGGGAAGCUAUCUACACAGGGUCCCAUGAAAGUAAUACUGAAGAGCAUGGGUGGAAAAGGCAGUAAAUUUCAAGUGGCUGCUGAGGAUAUUGUAUCGUAUAUCAAAACAAGGGCUUCGAAAAAGCUAGACUUCAGACCAUCAGAACAAGUUAAAAUCAUUUAUUCAGGAAAGGAGCUUGAAGACAGUAAAUCUCUUGCUAUACAAAAUGUUCGUCCAAACUCUGUUCUACAUCUCGUGCGCACAAGUAUACAUCUGUGGCCAAGAGCCCAGAAGGUUCCUGGUGAAAAUAUGUCAUUACGUCCUCCUGGGGCUUUUAAGAAGGUGUCAGACCUUUCUGUGAAGGAUGGACAUGUCUUCUUAAUGGAGUAUUGUGAAGAGAGGCCUUUACUUAUAGGAAAUGCUGGGAUGGGUGCAAGACUCUGCACUUACUAUCAAAAAUCAGCACCUGUUGACCAAACUGCCUCAGUGCUUCGCAACGAAUGUGGGGGUAGUAAUCUUGGCACUGUUAUUUCGCUUGAUCCCGCGGACAAAUCUCCUUUCCUUGGUGACAUAAGACCUGGUUGCACCCAGUCGUCUCUUGAAACAAACAUGUACAGAGCACCUGUAUUUCCUCAUAAGUUGCCCACGACUGACUACUUGUUAGUUCGAUCUGCGAAGGGAAAACUUUUUCUUAGGCGUAUAGACAGAAUACAUGUCGUCGGACAGCAGGAACCGCACAUGGAAGUUAUUUCUCCUGGGUCAAAAAAUCUCCAGACUUAUAUUGGGAACAGAUUAUUGGUGUAUAUGUACCGUGUCUGUCGUGUCAAUGAGAAGCGGGGGAUGGCUCCUUGCAUCAGAGCAGAUGAGUUAGCGGCCCAGUUUCCUUCCUUGUCUGAACCCAUUAUUCGGAAAAGGUUGAAGCACUGUGCUGAGUUACAGAAGGGAACAAAUGGGCAGUUAUUUUGGGUUAUUAAGCACAAUUUCCGAAUUCCAGUGGAAGAAGAACUUAGGAGGCAGCUGACACCCGAAAAUGUUUGUUGCUAUGAAAGCAUGCAAGCUGGGCUUUACCGGCUUAAGCGUUUAGGGAUAAGCAGACUGACACACCCUACUGGCCUUUCUUCUGCAAUGAACCAACUUCCAGAUGAAGCCAUUGCGUUGGCUGCUUCAUCUCACAUUGAAAGGGAGCUACAGAUAACCCCUUGGAAUCUUAGUAGCAACUUCGUCACCUGUACGAACCAGGACAGAGAAAAUAUAGAGCGCCUAGAGAUUACAGGAGUCGGAGACCCAUCUGGCAGAGGCCUAGGUUUCAGCUAUGUACGUGUUGCCACGAAGGCAUCUAUAUCCAAUGCAGUAGUGAAGAAAAAAAUAGUGGCUCCUCGUGUGGGAGGUACAACAGUCACUGGAACAGAUGCUGAUCUGCGUAGGUUAAACAUGGAUGGGGCCCGUGAGGUGCUACUUAAGUUCAAUGUUCCGGAGGAUACAAUUGCAAAACAAACUAGGUGGCAUCGGAUCGCCAUGAUACGCAAACUUUCCAGUGAGCAAGCGUCUGCAGGGGUCAAAGUUGAUGCAACAACCAUUGGCAAGUAUGCACGUGGCCAGCGGAUGUCAUUUCUUCAGCUACAACAGCAGGCCAGAGAAAAAUGUCAAGAAAUUUGGGAUCGACAGCUUCAGAAUCUUUCGGCUGCCGAAGGCGACGAAAAUGAGAGCGACUCUGAAGCAAAUAGUGAUCUGGAUUCUUUUGCUGGGGACCUUGAAAAUUUGCUGGAUGCAGAAGAAUGUGGGGAAGCUGAGGUGGGUAGCAAUGAAUCUAAACAAGACAAAAUUGAUGGUGUUAGAGGACUUAAAAUGCGGAGGCAUCCAACCCAAGUCCAAGCAGAGGAGGAAAUUGAAGAUGAAGCAGCUGAAGCAGCAGAAUUAUGCAGGAUGCUCAUGGAUGAUAAUGGGGCCAAGGGGAAAAAGAAGAAGAAAACGGUUGUUAGGGGGCGGGAAGAGUUAGGACUGAGUUGGCAGCGAGGUUUAAGUGCUGAACGGAUCAAUAAAGCUAAUGGCUCUGUUAAACAAGUCAGUCGUACAGCCCAACCUGAUGGUUCAUUCACAUCAAUGGAGAACAUUAUUCAUGAUCAAAAGGAGGUGGAUAAUAUACGUAAAAGGAACUUCUCUGGCAUCAUUAAAUCAAAGAAGUUGAAGAAUGAUAAGGUUAGGGAAAAACACCCCUCGGGUAAAAAUGUACGGGAAGGUUUUGUGUGUGGGGCAUGUGGUCAGGCGGGGCACAUGAGGACCAACAAGAAUUGUCCUAGGUAUGGAGAAGAUCCAGACACUCAUGUUGAGAACUCUAUCUUGGAAAAGAUACCUGGGAAGCUUAACCUUCAUGAUUCUUCUGCUCAACCAAAGUCUACAAUAAAGAAAAUAAUACCUAAAAUUGCUGCUAGAAAUGUUCCUGCAGAGGCCCAAGAGAAAGUUGAGAAAGCAAAAACCUUCCAAUUGAAGGUAAAAUGUGCACUCCCUGACAAAUCUCUUGAGCAAAGCACUACCGCAACACAAAAUUCUGAGAAACAAGAUGAAAUGGGAAGUAGAUCUGUCUCCAAAUAUAGUAAAAUAAUAAUUUCCAACAAGAUGAAACAUGAGGACUUCCAUGGUGAACCUCAGAAGCAGCCCUCGAUUGUUAUUCGGCCACCCUUGAACAUUGAAAAGCCACCUCGGAAGAAAAUCAUUAUCAAGCAACCAAAAGUGGAUCAGGUUAGAGAAGAAGUUCGUUAUGGUAUGCAGGAGGAGCAUAGAAAGACUGAGAAAAUGAUGCAGUUAUCAAGCUAUGAUAUACUUAGAAAGCAGGAACAGAAACGGCUAGCUGAUGAGGCAGCAGCAAAACGAAAAGCAAAAGAGGACAAGAAAUUUUGGGAAGAGGAAAACAAAAGGAGAGUCAUUAGAGAGGCGAAGGAAAGGGAAAGAGAGAGGGAAAGGGAGAUCGAAAGGGAGAGGGGAAGGGAAAUGAUUUUGUAUCAAGAAAGAAUGAUGCAGUUAGAGCAAAAUAGAUUAGCUGAAUCUAGGAGGAUCCAUGAAGCCUUGCAGCAGAGAGAAAAGGAGGAACUGGAGAGGCAAAAAAUGAAGAAGAAAAAGAAGGUAAAAUUCGAUGAGACGGGAGAUGAUUACUAUCUUGAGGAACCAAGAGGAUACAGAACCAGCCGUAGAAUGCCAGAAAGGAGCCGCGCUGCUAAGAAGCGGCCUGCAGUUGAUUCGUCUGCUCGGUAUGGUCCAGAAUAUGGCCAACAAACUAAACGCCGUAGAGGGGGUGAAGGACAGGUUGGGUUAGCAAACACUCUUGAAAACAUUCUGGAUGGGUUAAAGAAUGCCCACGAGGUAUCAUACCUUUUCCUCAAACCAGUGUCGAAGAAGGAAGCACCUGACUACUUGGACAUCAUCGAACAUCCGAUGGAUCUCUCUACCAUUAGGGAAAAAGCGAGAAGGAUGGAGUAUAAAGACAGGGAUGAAUUCCGGCAUGAUGUUUGUCAAAUUACCAUCAAUGCCCACAAGUACAAUGCUGUUUGUAACCCAGGUAUACCUCCACUUGCGGAUCAGCUAUUAGAGCUCUGUGAUUAUUUCUUGGACCAGUUCCAUGAAAGGUUAAGUGAAGCUGAAGCCAGCAUUGACACAUGAACUCUAUCUCUGUUUUACUUUUAUUAUUAUUAUGUUUGUAAUUGCUUGUGCUGGAAAUCGUAGAGUUCGAUAUUUCCACCAAAUUUGUGAAUAGAUUAGAUGAUAGUCGCCUCCUUUUAGUUUCAUCAGCAACUAGUUUUCUGAAAUAGAGUAAAAAAGAAAACACCAACCUGUACAUGAUCAAACAAACAUCAGUUUAGUCAUCUUUCAGCUAAUCAAGCGUUAUCGUAAAUAAAUUUUGUUUGAUUUAGAUGUAUUUAAUUAUUAUUUUACUCUAGCCACUAUUCCUAGAUUUGAGAAAGCUCUCUGGAAUCUAUCAAUGUUAACUUGCA